AUGCAAACACAAUCGCACGAUGAUCACAAAAGUUCAAUUUUGGACGCCCCAAAAGAACCUUUUGAAGUUACAGUUGGGAAUUUAGAGUAUAUAUCUGAAGAUUCAGAUAAAUUAGAAGCAGCGCUUUCCCAUACAUCAGUACAUGCGGUUGGUGGUGCAUUAUUCGAAGAGGUUUUACAAUCAGAAAAAGUACUAGAUGAAAAAUCUUAUGCCCGUGUAAGACGCAAGGUUGAUAGAUGGCUUUUACCAAUUUUAUGUGUUACCUACAUGCUUCAGUUUUUAGAUAAACUCUCCCUCAAUUACGCAUCUGCGUACUCUUUGAAAGCGGACCUGAAGCUAGUAGGCAACGACUACAGUAAUAUUGCGGCUAUUUUUAACGCUGGCUACCUUGUGGGAACAAUUCCGGGGAAUUGGCUCAUCCAAAGGGUUCCUGUAGCCAAAUUCACGGGCAGUUGCCUGAUCGUUUGGUCUGGUUUGUUGAUUGCUCAUAUUGGGGCCAAAAAUUAUGGAGGUAUAAUGGCUUUGAGAUUUUUGCUGGGAAUUAUGGAAGCAACCAUUUCUCCCUCAAAUAUGAUGAUGUGCUCCAUGUUCUACAACAAACAGGAGCAGCCUUUUCGGAUGUGUACAUUUCUUUCAAUGAACGGUGUUGCCACUAUGGUUGGUGCACUACUCUCCUACGGCCUUGGCCAUGCAACCGGAUCAUCCCUCAAACCAUGGAAAUUGAUUUUUUUAGUCAUUGGAUUAAUGAAUUUUGUUUGGGCUUUCGUAUUCCUCUAUUUUGCACCCGACUCUCCAGAUAAUGCUAGAUUUCUAACUCACGAAGAAAAGCUUUGUGUUAUCGAGCGCGUUUCAAAGAAUCAAAUGGGUAUCAAAGAUACUCAGUUCAAGUUUAAACAGGCUAAAGAAGCUUUAUUGGAUUUGAAUUCGUGGAUUCUUUCAUUGUGUGGUUUAGCAUGCGGCGUGAUCAAUGGUGGCACUUCCAAUUUCAUCUCAUCUUUGAUAAAAGGAUUUGGAUUUUCUGGAUUAAGUGCUACACUUUUACAGUUGCCAACGGGUGCAAUAGAGUUUGUCGUUGUCUUUUCUGCCGGUAUGCUUGCAGUAUUUACCAAGAGAAAUGUCCGCACCAUUUUAUUAUUCUUGACAUGCAUACCAACUCUAGCAGGCUUGAUUGGCAUCCAUGUUAUCCCACUUGAACAUAAAUGGGCACUUGUAGGAUGCUGCUGGUUAUUAUACAUUAUCGGUGGCCCUGUAAUCAUGUGUUGGAUUUUGAUAAAUGUCACAGUCGGUGGAUCUUCCAAAAUCUCCACAGUCAAGAUGAUGUGGUUCAUUCUCUAUACUGUUGGUAACAUUGUGGGAUCUGAAAUAUUUUAUGCUAAGGAAGCUCCAAAAUAUGUCACAGGAAUGAAGGGCCUAAUUGGAUCAUAUGCAGGCAUGAUGUUCUUGUCCAUAGUUUACUACUGCUUAAUGUACCAAAGAAAUAAAUCAAGGAAUAGCAAAUACGGAACCUUGACGAAAGAAACCGAAAGAGAAGGUGUUAUUAACGGGUUUAAAGACUAUACUGAUUUUGAGAACAAGCAUUUCAGAUACGCAUACUAA